AUGGUGGAUGAAGAGCUUCCCAUUGCUGAAUAUGCUAUUCCAUCACUUGAUGGAGUAAUUCCUGGUAUUGUCCAGCCUGGAGUGGAGGGGAAUUUUGAUCUCAAACCAGGGAUGAUACAGUUGCUGCAAUCCAUGACUCAAUACCAUGGAUUACCCAAGGAAGAUCCCCACAAGCAUAUUACAAAAUUUAUGAAAAUUUUCGAUACAUUUUCUGUUCAUGGAGUGUCCACAUAUGCCAUGAGAAUGAGGCUGUUUCCCUUCUCUUUAGCUGGGGCAGCAGAAGAAUGGGUAGAAGAUUUGCCUGCACAGUCCAUCACCACAUGGAAGGAGCUUGGAGAAGCCUUCCUUAUGCGGUUUUUCCCACCCACAAAGGUGUGUGAUUUGAGGGAUGACAUAACAGGGUUCAGACAGUAUGUUGAUGAGUCAAUCCAUGAGAGAUGGACUAGAUUUAAGGGGUUGAUUAAAAAGUGUCCUACCCAUGGUCUUCCUAAAUGGGCUACCAUUCAGAUUUUCUAUAGAGGAUUGAGUCACCAAGGCAAAACUCACUUGGAUGCCACUGCCAAUGGAAUGUUUUUAUUGAAAAGGUAUCCAGAAGCUUUUGAGACACUUGAGAGGAUAAGCCAAAAUAGCUGCCAAUGGCCUGAACAAAGAGAUGAAGCUCCAAAGAAGGCAGCUGGACUUUAUGAAGUGACUGAAAUAACUUCAAUGGCAGCUGAGAUGGCAGCAAUGCAUAACACUUUCGAGGUUUUAGUCAAGCAAAUGGCUGAGACCAAACAGCAACCACCUGCUCAAGUGGCUGCAACAACACCAAUCUGCUCACUUUGUUAUGGAGCUCAUUUGUUCAAAGAAUGCCCAAGCAACCCCUCUUCAGCCUUCUAUGUUGGUGACUACAACAAAAACUACAAUAAUAGAGGAAAUUAUAACCAAGACAGAUGGCAGCAACAAGGUGGGAAUUUUGGCCAGAAUCAGGGCCAAAAUUACCAUCAAAAUGUUGGAAAUAGAAAUCAGAAUCAGCCCUUCCAAGGAGGGCAGCAACCUUAUCAACCAAAAGUCCCAUUUUCACCCGGUUUCAACUCACAAAUGCCUCAAGAUCAGCAAGGGAAAUCUAAUGCAGAAACUCAGCCUCUUCCUAAUGAUCAGUGGUCAAACCGGAUGCUGCAAAAUCAUGAGGCCAUGCUUCAAAGUCAUGGAGCAAUCUUAAAAAGCUUAUAG